GGAGGAGCCGUCGCCGCCGCCACCACCGCCGCCUCCUCCUCGUCCGGCUGGCUGCCCCUCCCGUGGCUCGCCUUCCCCUUUCCUGACAAACUGCCGGCCGGGCUCCUGCCGCCUGCCCGCCCGCCCGCCUGCCUCCAGAUUCAUUCUUCUAGGCAAUAGUUAAGAAAAGCACAAUGGAAUUCUACGAGUCUACCUAUUUCAUCGUCCUUGUCCCCUCUGUCGUGAUUGCCGUUAUCUUCCUCUUCUUCUGGCUUUUCAUGAAGGAAACGCAGUACGAUGAAGCUCUUGCAAAGCAAAAGAGAGAGCAAAAGUUUCUGCCUGUUAAGACUGAUAAAAAGAAGGCAGAGAAGAAAAAGAGCAAGAAGAAAGAGGCCCAGAAUGGGAACCUCCAUGAAUCUGACUCGGAGAGCACUCCUCGAGACUUCAAACUGUCCGACGCUUUGGGCACAGAAGAAGAGCACAUCCUUCCCGCCUCUUUGGGAGUGACAGAGGCUCCCAGCAGCCUCAGAGAGCGCAAGAAGAAGGAGAAGAAACACAAGGCCAGUCCAGAAGAGCACAUGUUGAAAGAGUCGGAUGGAUCCAAGUCUGGAGGAAAGAAAGUGGAACCAGUGCCUGUAACCAAACAGCCCACCCCUCCUUCAGAUGUAGCUGGAUCUAAAAAGAAAGCUGGACAGAAGAAACAGAAAAAUGGAAUAGAUGACCAGGAUGCCAAGAGUGAUUCAUUUCUAUCCUCAAGCAAAAAGCACGACCCUCUCCUGUUGCAUCAUGAGAUAAAACAAGAAAGCGGAGCAGGAAAGAAGAAAGUUUCAUCAAAGAAGCAAAAGACAGAUAAUGUUAUGACGCUGGUGGAUGAGCCUUUGAUUCAUGCCACAACUUACAUUCCUUUGAUGGAUAAUGCCGACCAGAACCCAGCAGUAGAAAAGAGAGAAGCAGCUGACUUGUCCAAACAAGAUGGGGUUGAAGGACUGCAGAAAAGCAACGCAAAGAAGCUGAAGAAUGAAACGGACAAAGGUAACUGGCGUCAAGGAGGUGGCCUGACCAAGUGGACUGAAAAUGCAGAGGUGAAAUUUAAGGACUUUCUCUUGGCCAUGAAGAACAUGAUCUUCACAGAAGAGGAGGCCUUGUCUGUGGUGGAGCUCUUGAAGGAGAAAUCAAAUGUGAUUCAGGAUGUUCUGCAGAAGGCUAGUAAGGUGGACUCAGCCACAGCUCUGCACCAGCUGCAAGAAAAGGACAAACAGCUUCUGGCGAUGAAGGAAGAAGCAGCGGUUGCAAAGGAGCAGUGCAAGCAGCUCUCACAGGAGCUGGUUUCAGAGAAAGAAAGAAGCAAUUUGGUUACGGCAAAGAUGAAGGAGAGAAUCGGCACGCUGGAAAAGGAUAAUGGGGUUUUCCAGAACAAAAUCCAUGUAGGCUACCAAGAAACUCAACAGAUGAAGAUGAAGUUCCAGCAGCUUCGUGAGCAGAUGGAGGCGGAGAUCAAUCGGCUGAAGCAGGAGAAUGGUAUUCUGAGAGACGCUGUCAGCUCAUCCACCAACCAAAUGGAAAGCAAGCAGUCUUCAGAGCUCAACAAGCUGCGCCAGGAUUGUGCUAGGCUUGUGAAUGAGCUGGGGGAAAAGAGCAACAAACUGCAGCAGGAGGAACUCAUGAAGAAGAAUGCUGAACAAACCAUCAAUCAACUGAAGGCACAGCAGCAGGAAGCUGAGCGGAGAUGGGAGGAAAUGCAGAGCUAUCUGAGGAAACGGACAGCAGAGCACGAGGCUGCCCAACAAGAUGUGCAGAAUAAGCUUGUGGCCAAGGACAAUGAAAUCCAGAGCCUGCACAGCAAGCUUACUGAUACAAUGGUCUCAAAACAACAGCUAGAACAAAGGAUGAUGCAGCUGAUGGAAGCGGAACAAAAGAGGGCCACAGCCGAAGAUUCAAUUCAGAGACAGCGGCAGGAGGUGAUGGACCAGAAUGAAGCUUUGAAAACUCAGCUCCAGAAAUUCCAUUCACAGAUGGCAGUCCAGAGCACAGCUUCAGCCAUCGCAGAAGAACUGCAGAAAGUAAUUGCAGAAAAAGAUAAACAGAUAAGUCAAGCUGAGGACUCUCUAGCCAAUGAACGCAUCAGACUGACAAACAAGGAAGAGGAUUUGAUGGCGGUGAAGAAUAGGAACAUGAACCUGCAAGCGGAAGUGCAAAAGCUGCAGACUCUCACAAACGAACAGGCUGCUGCGGUGCAUGAGCUGGAAAGGAUGCAGAAAAGUAGUCAGGUCAAAGAUGACAGAAUCCGAGUGCUGGAGGAGCAGCUGCAGGGAUGCCAUGCUGAGGCUUCAAAUGCAAAGGAGGAACUUCAGGUUCUAAUGGAGCAAAACAAAACCUUGCAGUUGGAAAUUCAGAAACUGCAGGCUAUCUUGUCUGAGCAGACUAAUAAGGACUUGUUGGAGCACAUGGAAAGAAGUAUUACAGAAAAGGAUGACAAAAUAAAGACUGUUGAAGAACUCCUUGAAGCUGGACUCAUAGAAAUGGCAAAUAAGGAGGACGAACUGAAGACACUGAGAAUGGAGAACACAUCCUUGAAAAGUGAAAUUGGAAAUCUGCAGAGGGUGCAAACGGAACAGGUUUCCUUUGCAUCUUUAGUAGAAGAACUACAAAAAGUAAUCAGUGAAAAGGAUGGGAAGAUCAAGUCGGUGGAGGAGUUGCUGCAGGCAGAAGUCCUUAAAGUUGCAACCAAGGAAAAAACAGUGCAGGCUUUGACACAGGAAAUAGAGGCUCUGAAAGAAGACGUAGGGAAAAAGGCCCAGCUUGAGAAGGACACACAGAUAUCAGUUGCCCAAGAAGUCAAAGAUCUUCAGAAUCUAUUGAAGGGGAAGGAGGAACAGGUGAGAACUAUGGAGAACUUAUUGAAAGAGAAGGAAAGAGAGAUGGCAAAGAAAGGGGAGUGGUUACAGGGUCAAGAGGAUACAUUGCGGUGCUUGAAUGACAAGGUCAAGGAGCUAGAACAACUGAACUCUCAGCAGGUUUCUGCUGUUUCAUCGAACAAAGACCUGGAGGCUCUACUGAAGGGGAAACAAGAGGAAAUGCAGAAGAUUGAGAUCUUAUUAGAUGAGAGAGGAAAAGAAGUUGCUCACCAAAGAAAAGAGUUGCAGAUUGUUCAGGAGGAGAAUCGGUUAUUAAGAGCACAGAUUCAGGAACUAAAGCAAGAGAAUGGUGAACAGGAAUCUCUGGCCAUCAGGAAUGAACAACUUCUACAGCUCGUAACUGGGAAAGAGGGCGAGAUCGCCAGUCUCCAAAAGGAGUUGAGCUCCUUGCAACAUUCGGUGGAGCAGCAGAGGCAAAAGAACAAUGACCUUCGGGAGAAAAACUGGAAAGCAAUGGAAGCAUUGGCCUCAACUGAAAAAUUGCUGCAGGACAAAGUGAACAAGACUGCCAAGGAGAGACAGCAAUAUGUGGAGGUUGUUGAGACUGAGAUGAGAGCCAUGCUGCAGAAGCUGUUCCCCGCAGUGUCUCUUCCUUCCACCCUGAGCCAUAGCGAAUGGAUGCGUGGUUUUGAAAACGCGGUAAGAGAGCAUACAAAAGAGACUUCUCAACCAGAGGAAGUUAAGGCAAUGGAGCAGAAGUUGAAGGAGGCGGAUGAAUUGCAUGUCAUGUUGCAGCAGGAGUGCGAGAAGUAUAAAUCAGUCCUUGCAGAGACGGAGGGAAUCUUGCAGAGGCUACAGAGGAGCGUGGAAGAAGAGGAAAGCAAAUGGAAAAUAAAAAUUGAAGAGUCUCAGAAGGAACUCCAGCAGAUGCGCUCAUCCGUCACUGUCUUGGAACACGAGGUGGAAAGAUUAAAGGAAGAACUCAAAGAAGUUGAUUCUCUUAAAAAAGAGCGAGAACAUUUGGAACAUGAACUAGAGAAGGCAGAAAUAGAGCGGUCGACGUACGUUUCAGAAGUCCGGGAGCUCAAAGAUCUGUUGACUGAAUUGCAGAGAAAACUUGAUGACUCGUAUUCUGAAGCAGUAAGGCAGAAUGAAGAGUUGAAUUUGCUGAAAACCCAGUUGAAUGAGACAUUAUCCAAACUCAGAACUGACCAGAGCGAGAGGCAAAAAGUAGCUGUUGACCUGCCUAAGGCCCAGGAAUCGCUGAUGACUCUCGAAAGGGAAAUAGGAAAUGCUACUGAGGACACCAACAUGAUCGACAAUACUGACGCUUGCUCACAGAUGGUGGGACCCAGUCAAAGCCUAAAUGUAGCUGUGAGUCUCAGUCAGGAUGUGGCCCAUCUCAAGAAACUGCUUGCCUCAGUCAGCCAAAUGCUUGCGAAGGGGAAAGAACACUACCAGCUACUAGAAUGAAAUCAUGGGGAGAUUGUUAAUUUGGGGGUAGCAGAAGGCACUGUAUUUUAUAUUUUGCCAAAUUAAAGCCUUAUUUAUGUGUUCACCCUUUCUACUUCGUCAAACACUGAACAGAGUUUUGUCUUUUCUACUCCUUGUUAGACUACUGAUUUAAACAAGAUGAAGAAGAAGACUCUGUAGACACCUCCAGAGUUUAGUUUUAUAAUAAAUAAAUAAAUAAAAAACCAGUUUGGAUAAUUAGAGCUUUACAUUCCUGGAGCUACAGUAAAUGUGCAACCUCUUAUCUUUACUAUGCUCAGUGAAACUUGUUCAGACACACACACCUGACGUGGUAAUGACAGCAGCAAACAAUAGCAUUUUAAUACCGGCGGUCUGCACUGUUUUACUUACAUUUUUCGGGAGUAGCAACCUCUGGCUUCACCUUCAAGUAAACACUCCUUUUCUUUUUUUUUUGGUUGCUAAUGUAAUCAGUUUUUGUAAUGGUGUCGGCGAAUAAAGGGAUGCUUAUUACUCAGA